CGUGAUGGUGAGAUCUGCGUUAUUUUUACCCAUCCUUAUUGUGUUUUGUAUCUGUGAAAGGAAACAAUAGCCUGUGAUCGUCAGUGUAACUCAACAGGCUCCGAACGCGUCGCGUGUGGACUUAAUGGAUUCCGAUCCCGUUUUAAGGGGGAAUUUAAAGAUUUUUAAAUGAAAUAAGGAUGCAUAACUCAAAGGAAGGUGUGAUAUGAAGAGGCUGUUUGGCCACGAGGGCUUUGAUGACCAUCCCCGCCUUUAAACCGAACCGAUCGGUGCCUCUCAGGUGGUUUUUACGCACAGCUGCUGCGCGCGGCGUCAAAAGAGAAACUACCGCUUCAACGGGGUUCGGUUUCAGGCAGAGGAUGGUGGCGGAGAUGGCGAGCUGCGGGGCGGCUUGCCACCUGGAGGACGGAGACGGAGACGUCCCUGUGCUGGAAAACAAAGAUAAUUUGUCAGAAGGUGACAGCAGCAGUUCAGAGAACGCUGGAACGUCCACCGAGGACAGCUCAGAGGAGGAAAACGAGGAGGAAUCAGAAGGCGGCGCUGAUGGAGACGCAGGAGACGAUGACCAUAAAGAGGCCAACGCCGAAGAAUCUAAAAGCAGAUCAGACGCCAAACCGGAACCAGCAGCUUUAAAUGGAAGAGACGACAGGUUCAAGGUGUGCUGUAACAAAUGCAAAGCUGUGCAGCAGACUCAUGGCAGCGAGCUCGUCACCCCCCGUAGGAUGUCAAAGGGACGAUUCCAGAUACAGCUGGAAGGAGAGGGAACCUUCGAGUGCUCCGUCACUGGCCUGGUCUUCGAAGCGAGCGAGCGGGUUCUCGUUCGAUACUCGAUUUUAUCUUGGUCCAAGUUUGGCGCGUUUCUGCACAACUCGUGGAAAUGUGCCGGACCCAUCUUCAACGUAGAAACAGUCAACAAGGACCCGUCUUCCCUCAAGUCCAUCCAGUUCCCCCACUCCAUCUGCCUAGCUCAUCCAGAUGAAGAUGACAUGACGUUUGGCGUCCUGCACAUCAAGGACAACCGUCCACUCAUUGAGCCGACAUCGGACCACUCGGGGAGCCAUGUUAAGUGGAACGUGACCUCCCUGUCACCUGUGGGUCCCAUCAUCCAGACCACCCACGCUGUGGAGCACCACGGGGUGGUUCUGGUCUACAAGCAGCUGAGCACCGACCCAAACAACUACAGCUUCCACAUCUACAUGGCCACCAACAGUGCGUCGGACAUCAAGGAUAUAGGCAAACAAGUUCGGAGCUGCAAGAAAAGUUACAUGAAGAUCGACAAGCCUCCAACGUGCAAACUGGACGAGGGGACGUAUCGUCUCCUGAGCGAGCCAGAGGGAGAGAUCAGACCUCAGGACUUGAAAUUCACCCUGGCAGUGACCAAGAUGAAAGGCUACUUUGAAGCUUUCUUUGAGCAGCCGCCACCGUUUAAAUUAUCUCUAAUAGAGAUCAACUCCGAGGAGACGGUUUGGACCGCCACCAUCAGAGACGGCGACUGUGUGGAUCACACAGAGAAGAAGCCAAGGAAAAGAACAAUCUGCAGACAGAGGAGCAGCAGCCCCUCAGAGGAGGAAACAACCUGUAAAAGACCUCGAUGGCAGGAUGAGUCAGAUGGAGUGAAAGCAGCGUUGGCUCAGGGAGAGGACAUGACGGAGAAGCAGCUCCUAAAAGUGGCCAGGCAGCUUGGCUCGGAGUGGAAGCAGGUAGCCAUCUACCUUGGGUUGAAAUCCCGGGAGCUGGACGACAUUCAGGCAGCAGAGAAAGACCUGAACAUGCAGAAGCUGAAGAUGCUGGUGGAGUGGAAGAGCCGAAGAGGGCAGGGAGAAGCUACGGCGAGCCACCUGCUGGAGAGCUUAGAGGACCUGGAGGACCUACCGAACGAGGUUUAUCAGAUUCUGAAAGAUAUGAGGGACAAUCGAUCGGUGAAGUAAAAGCUUUAUAGAUCCAACAAGCUGUUGAAUAUCUGCUGAUCCAUCAAAUGGAGCCAACAAAGACCUCAGGAGCGCAGCGAAGCUGCGUCGACCUGGGGCCGCCUCAGCGCUUCUCUUUUUUAAUCCCUCGACGUGAAACAUUUAAGUUGUUUUGUUUCUUCAUUUCACUCCUGAUGUUAUUUAAAUGAGGUCCUUUUUGUUUCUGUAGUGAGUGCAGAAGAGUGUGUAGUUAAACUAAACACGGGUCCUUCAGGAAUAAUUCAUCGUUUUACUUUGAAUGAAAUGUGUUAUUUUUGUCUGAAAAUAAUUAGGCAGUAGAACCGAAUUAUGGACUGAACUACGAAAUUUUUUGUCUUUUGUAGAUAUUUAUGUAUAUAAAUAUGUAUUUUAAAAAACCUUUAGUUUAUUUUUUUAAGUUUUGAGUCUGUUUGUGUUUUAUUUUACGACUUGGAAAAGAUCCAACAUCUAGUUUCUGUCAUUUAUUUGGAAUGAAUGCAUUUUGCGGGAAAGAACAACUCUUGUUUGUGUUUUUCAGACACUGCAGCUAGAAUCUUUUGGAAAAGAUUUGUAUGUUUUUUGAAGCCGGAGCUUUUUCACACAUUUGGAACCACAGACGUUAGAGGACCAAACUUUACUGUAAACUCUGAAACGUUUUCAGUUACAAGACUUGAAACUGUGUUCUCGGACAUGCCAACACUAUUAAAGAAAAACUUUAAGAUGA